GAGGCAGGAAACCAGGGCAGGUGGUAAGCAGCAGCGAGUGGUGGCGGUGGGGAGCGGGCGCCCAUGUGCAGGGGGCUCGUCUCUGCUCCCCAGAGGGUCAUUGUGCUCCUGCCAGGGAUGGAGAGGAUGUGAGUGAGGACACGGUACCUUCACACUUGCUGCCGGGCCAUGGGAGUCUGAAAGCAGCUGGUCCUCCCCUCGCUGCCAACAGCCGCCAUGGGCUGCUGCUGCAGCUCAGACUAUGAUGAGGACUGGAUCGAGAACAUCGACAUCUGUGAGCACUGCAAUUACCCCAUCGAGCCCAACAGCAAGCGCCAGAGGCUGAUCCACAACGGCUCCGAGGUGCAAGACCCGCUGGUGUCCUAUGAGGCCACGUCCCCGCCAUGCUCGCCUCUGCAAGGUAAGGUCUGGCCGGGGCAGGGGGUGCCUGUGGACACCCCUCGAGUUGGCCACCACCCCCCUGCCCCUCCGCUUGUUCUCCCAGAUAAGCUGGUGGUGGCCCUGUACAACUACGAGCCCAAGCACGACGGUGACCUGGGGCUGCGGAAGGGCGAGAAGCUCCGCAUCCUGGAAGAGAGCGGGGAAUGGUGGAAGGCACAGUCGCUCACCACCGGCCAGGAGGGUUUGAUCCCCUACAACUUUGUGGCCAUGGUGAACAGCCUGGAGCCUGAGCCGUGGUUCUUCAAAAAUAUCAGCCGCAAGGAUGCGGAGCGACAGCUCCUGGCGUCAGGCAACACGCACGGCUCCUUCCUCAUCCGGGAGAGCGAGACCUCCAAAGGCUCCUACUCACUGUCAGUGAGGGACUUUGACCAGAACCAGGGCGAGACAGUGAAGCACUACAAGAUCCGCAACAUGGACAACGGGGGGUACUACAUCUCCCCCCGCGUCACCUUUGGCAGUUUGCACGAGCUGGUGGAGUAUUACACACGCAGCUCUGACGGGCUGUGCACCCGCCUUGGCAAGCCCUGCCGGACCCAGAAACCGCAGAAGCCAUGGUGGCAGGAUGAGUGGGAGGUGCCACGAGAGUCGCUGAAGCUGGUGGAGAAGCUGGGAGCGGGGCAGUUUGGAGAAGUUUGGAUGGGCUUCUACAAUGGCCACACUAAGGUGGCCAUCAAAAACCUGAAGCAGGGCAGCAUGUCACCCAGUGCCUUCCUGGCGGAGGCCAACCUCAUGAAGAACCUGCAGCACCCGCGGCUGGUGCGGCUCUACGCCGUGGUGACGAAGGAACCCAUCUACAUCAUCACGGAGUACAUGGAGAAGGGCAGCCUCGUGGACUUCCUCAAGACCUCGGAAGGAAUCAAGCUCAGCAUCAACAAACUGCUAGACAUGGCUGCACAGAUUGCUGAAGGCAUGGCCUUCAUUGAGGCCAAGAACUACAUCCACCGCGACUUGCGGGCUGCCAACAUCCUCGUAUCGGACACCUUGGGCUGCAAAAUCGCCGACUUCGGGCUGGCCCGCCUCAUCGAGGACAAUGAGUACACGGCUCGUGAAGGGGCUAAAUUCCCCAUUAAGUGGACGGCGCCGGAGGCUAUUAAUUAUGGGACGUUCACGAUUAAGUCUGAUGUCUGGUCAUUCGGCAUCCUGCUCACGGAGAUCGUCACCUAUGGCCGGAUCCCAUAUCCAGGGAUGACCAACCCCGAGGUGAUACAGAACCUGGAGCGUGGUUACCGCAUGCCGCAGCCAGACAACUGCCCACAGGAGCUGUAUGAACUGAUGAUGCAGUGCUGGAAGGAGAGGCCUGAGGAACGUCCCACCUUCGAGUACAUGAAAAGCGUGCUGGAGGACUUCUUCACUGCCACCGAGGGCCAGUACCAACAGCAACCGUGAGGACCCCAGCAGCAGCAGAGACACCCUUGUGUUGGGGUGCCCAGGGGUGCUCCCCCUGCACCAGGUCCCCACAGAUUCCACACGUAUUGCCCCGGGGCAUUGGCGAACACUGCCUGGACCUCAGCAGUAAAGAUUUGAAGUGCUUCGAAUCUUGGGAGCAGCAGAUUUCAGCCCCCCCAGAAGGCGAUGGAAGGCCAAAGCCGACAAGUGACUCCAAGGAGUGGAGGGCUGGCACGUGGGGGGCUCCGUGGGGGGCCCGGUGGGUGCCCACCACACCAUGCCUGCACUUGCCUGGGGGCAAAUCCAGCCUCCAGCCCCACAGCAGGCUGCUUGGGGGCCACACCAGCCCUCUCAGGCCCCUCUGGCUGGGCCUCGCCUCCUCCUUCAUCCCCGGUGAUGGCAGGUGGCCCCUGGCAAGCAAUGGCCACCCCAGCCCUUGGCUGUGGGAUGCUCCUUCUCCUGCCAUGGUGUUGCCGGGACCUGCCCCGUAACCGCCGUUGGGUUUUGGGGAAAUAAAGGCCUUUGCAGCGG